GUGACCCGUUCUCACAAGCUCAAUGACCGUGACCACGUUGGCCUCGCCAAUGGCACUGCUCUCCCUGAAGAACACCUUCCCCGUUACUUUGCCAAAUCCGGCUUCAAUGCCAACAACGAUCCCAAUAGAGUUAAGAAGUCUGGCAACGGCAAAGGCAACUGGGGCCGCCACGGAGAAGAGCUCGAGGACAUGGACGACUUCUACCGCCCCAGCAAGCCUCGUCGCCGCAGCAAUGCAUCCGCUCAGCUCCUUGAUGCUAUGACUUCCAAGUUCGAAGUCGUCGAGGCUGAGCCCAUGUUCAAAGAGAAUGUUCAUGGUGCCACAGCAAGCGACUACGCCCUGGAAAAGACCAUGUCAAUGGAGUCCGCUCCCAGUGAGGCUGAAACUACUACCUCUUCCGAGGGAAGUGAUGAGGGAAUGACCAAGUAG